AUGGUUAUAACACUAAUCACCAUUUUAACAUUUGCCGGAGCUGCACUGGUCAAUGCAGGUUUAACCGGUAAUGUGACACCAAGUAUAGUUGACAGCGGCAACUUAGCGUAUGGUGUACCGUUAGGGUUCACUGGCGCUAUCAACCAAGCUAAUAAAACCAUGUAUGAACAUGAUACGGGUAUAAUUUUAAAUGUGACAGGAGUUGAACAUUUUGUCUACACACAUGAGACACAGAUAGUUAAACGUGCUAACGGUUACUCUAUUGAUAUCGAUUCAGUAAUUGACGAAUUUAGCUAUUACUUAAGAGCGUCGCAUCUAGACUACGGUAACGGUACUAUCAUACCAACUAGCAUCAGGUUAGACAAGCGUGACCGCCACCAAUGUGACAAUGGCUACUGGGUUGAGGAUGCAGGCACCACAUAUGAUUAUCAAAACCCGACCGGGAUGAAGCUAAGAUCUUUUUUAAAGCAGAAAGAUUGGACAAACAACUUGAACUUCCCAGACCACUUAGAAGGUGGUAAUGCCCUUGGAUAUGCAGCCGCCGAUCAUCUAUUGGCUAUUUCGGAGAGGCACCAAUGUGGUGGGACUUACAACUGGGUAGACCUUAAAGCUACAGAUGGUAAAACCGUUACGUAUGCAUUAGCGUCAUCAACCUUCACAACGGGGUCAAAAUGUGAUACUGCUCGUAAUAGAGAUCAACUGGCACAGGAAAUUAGAUUAGGAACGGCUCAGGCAAUCCGUGAUGUUAUGACUAGCUGGUGCAUCAGGGUAAAUAACUAUGGACAGUGGUACGGAGAUGUGAGAUUUAUGCGUUGGGAGAAUGUUAACUUCUGCCACCAAAACGCAUGGGAUAUGCCAUGCCAGCAGAAUUGGUAG